GCACAAUGAAACUCCCCAGUUACAUUUUGGUUUAUCGCCGAUUUUUCCUCGUAGUUUUCACUCUAUUGAUUUUACUUCCGCUGCCUAUCAUCCUUCACACAAAGGAAGCAGAAUGCGCCUACACACUGUUCGUUGUUGCUGUAUUCUGGCUCACAGAAGCUUUGCCUCUGUCAGUAACAGCUUUGCUGCCUGCUUUAAUGUUACCCAUGUUUGGGGUCAUGCCUUCUAAGACGGUGGCAUCUGCUUAUUUCAAAGAUUUUCACCUACUGCUAAUUGGAGUCAUCUGUUUAGCAACAUCAAUAGAGAAAUGGAAUUUGCACAAAAGGAUUGCUUUGAGAAUGGUGAUGAUGGUGGGUAUGAAUCCAGCAUGGCUGACGUUGGGGUUCAUGAGCAGCACUGCCUUCUUAUCUAUGUGGCUUAGCAACACCUCUACUGCUGCCAUGGUGAUGCCCAUCGUGGAGGCUGUGGCACAGCAGAUCAUCAGUGCUGAAGCAGAGGUCGAGGCCACUCAGAUGACUUAUUUCAGUGGAUCUACCAACCAUGGACUGGAAAUUGAUGAAAGUAUUAAUGGACAUGAAACAAAUGAGAGGAAAGGGAAAGCAAAACCAGUUCCAGGAUACAGUACUGAUGCAGGAAAAUUUUCAAACAAGAUGGAUUUGGAAAAGAACUCAAGCACGGGAACAAAAUAUCGAACAAAGAAGGACCACAUGCUAUGCAAGCUAAUGUGUUUGUGCAUUGCUUAUUCUUCCACCAUUGGUGGACUGACAACUAUCACUGGUACCUCCACAAACUUGAUCUUCACUGAGCAUUUUAAUACACGCUACCCCGAUUGUCGUUGCCUCAACUUUGGAUCAUGGUUUAUGUUUUCCUUCCCGGUUGCUAUUCUUAUUCUGUUCUUGUCCUGGAUCUGGCUCCAAUGGCUUUUCCUAGGAUUCAAUUUUAAGGAGAUGUUCAAAUGUGGCAAAACCCAAACAGUCAAACAAAAAGCUUGUGCUGAGGUGAUUAAGCAAGAAUAUCAAAAACUUGGGCCGAUAAGGUAUCAAGAAAUUGUGACUUUGGUCCUCUUCAUCGUAAUGGCCCUGCUAUGGUUUAGCCGAGAUCCUGGGUUUGUUUCUGGUUGGUCCGUACUUUUUUCAAAGUACCCUGGUUUUGCUACAGAUUCUACUGUUGCCUUACUUGUAGGAUUAUUAUUCUUUGUUAUCCCAGCUAAGAAAUUGACUAAAACUACACCAACAGGAGAAAUGGUUGCCUUUGAUUAUUCUCCACUGAUUACUUGGAAAGAAUUUCAGUCAUUCAUGCCCUGGGAUAUAGCCAUUCUCGUUGGUGGAGGGUUUGCCCUGGCAGAUGGCUGUGAGGAGUCAGGACUAUCUAAGUGGAUAGGAAACAAAUUAUCUCCUCUAGGUUCAUUACCAGUAUGGCUGAUAAUUCUGAUAGCUUCUUUAAUGGUCACAUCUUUAACAGAGGUAGCCAGCAAUCCAGCAACCAUUACCCUCCUUCUGCCAAUAUUAUCUCCAUUGGCUGAAGCCAUUCACAUGAAUCCUCUUUAUAUUUUGAUACCUACUACUCUGUGUACUUCAUUUUCCUUCCUCCUACCAGUAGCAAAUCCACCUAAUGCCAUAGUUUUUUCAUAUGGUCAUCUGAAGGUCAUUGACAUGGUUAAAGCUGGACUUGGUGUUAACAUUGUGGGUGUUGCUGUGGUGAUGCUGGGCAUGUUCACCUGGAUUCCACCUAUGUUUGACCUCUACACCUACCCCUCUUGGGCUCCUACAAUUAGUAAUGAGACCAUGCCAUGAAAAGCACAAAAGUUCUAUCUUAUGGUAACUUUUGGAAACCAUUAAGAAUUAACUCACCGUAAAACAGAGCUCUAGAUAAUUAAUGACACAUUGAAACCAGUCAUGGAGCUGCUGCAAUUCUAAGAAACAUCCAAAACCUGCUGUCAUAACUCAAAGUCAUGUUUCUUUUGAUAUGCAACCAAAGAGCAUCUACAUACCUUCACUGAGAAGCCCAUGGCUGAUAUUUUGCUCACAGAUCGUUGGCAUCUUGCUUCACCAUAAGAAUAAUUUAUAACUUGACCUUCAAAGAAAUUAGGUCAUUUGCUUCAUCUUACAUGUGGAGUUCAAUGUACAUUUUAAACAAUUUCUUUCAGAAACUUCUUAUGAAACUAAAACUAAAAAAUAAAAUAUACAAGUUAAUGAGCUACUCAAUCAUUUCUGUAGUGUUGUUCAAAAAUGCUGAAAAACAAAAACUGUGGUCAUCUGGUGGUGCAGGACAAAGUUUAACCUAAAUGAAAUGUGGAUUAACUCAUCUAAAAAAAUCCAAUUAGAUUAUGUAAUAAAUAUAGUUUAUAAACUGAAACUGAAGUAGUAAUCCCAGAAUUACAGCUAAAUCCACUAAAUAACAGAAAACCCCUAGAAAAGGAUUAAUUUCUAAUUGACCCUAUGGGUAGGUUAACACAAAUUAUACAUGUAUGAUCUCAGGACACUGAGAAAUGCGUUUUGUAAAGUUAUGAAUCAGGCUUGGUACAAUUUCUUUCUUACUACAUUAUAAUUAGAAAGGAAAGCUAAAUACUAUAUAACUAUUGACAUGUGUAUUUAUAUGUAUAGUAGCUUUGCUUAAGUGUUUCUUAUUCCAGAAGUAUGUUCCUAUAUAAAAAGGACAGAAAUUUAAAUUCACUGUGUGUACAAGAAAUAGAAAAAAGUCACAUAACUCCUUUAAAUCAAUAUUGAAGUGAAAUGGCAUAGGAAAAAUACAAAAUUUAACUAACAUAUUUACAAAAGAAAAUAAUUAUUUAUGGACAAACCAGAAAAAAAAAAAAAAAGCUGAGCAUUUAAACUAGAAUGAAAAUAGUCUCCCAGAGCACAGAAUGUGAAAAAAAAAAAUGUCUAUUGACAUUCUAAAAUUAGAAAAAAGAGAAAAAGACAACUGAAAGCAAAAUAAUGUGCAUAAUUAGGAAAAGAUGGGCAUAUUAGAGCUAAAAAUAAAAUAGAAGGUCAAAAAUACCUUUGCUAUUUUUAAUCUUCAUGGGUGCCUUUCUAGAUGUUAAUAGACCAGUUGUCUUUUUUUUAAAUAAUGAUUAUUUAUAAAAUUAUUCCUGAGGUUAAAUAUAGU